AUGUCAACGUCGCCGUCACCACCAGCAAUCAUCACUACUACUAAUACUACUACGACCACGUCACCAUCGUCAACAUCUUCUUCAUCGUCAACCACAUGUUUACUAUCAUCAUUAACAACAACCACCAAAACUAAUACAACCAAUGCUACUGGACAAAAUCAAUUGACACCAUCAUCGGCUGCGUCCUCACCGACCGGUUCGACAGACGGGGCAGCAGCAUCGAUCACAGCACAUUUGAUGCAGCACCAGCAUCAGAAUUCAUCAUCGCGGAAGCUGAAUCAAGCAGUUAACUCCGAGCACCACCCUUUAACGCCAAUCGGUUCAACGCUGUUGUCAUCCUCACCUACCUCUUUUGCAUCCUCAUCAUCGUCCUUGCUGAUUAAUCAUCUCACUAGCACCACCUCCGGAUCGAACGGUCCUUCAUGCAGUGCUGAUGGAAUGCUAAAGCAACAGAUUGUAUGCUAUGAUACUAACAAAAUGCCAACUACCGUAACAGCACAGGCUUUAUGCAACGGCGAAAAAAAGCAGGUAAAGUCUUGCAUUUCCCCAUCGUCAGUGGUCAAUGUGAACGAUAUAGCAGCGGGUUUGGCCAGUGCAGUUGCAGCAGCUGUCGCAGACGCAGUAACCGUCGCGACCAUUGGUCGCAAUCUGAACCUUAAUUUGAACAGUUACUCCCAGCUUCGACAGCAGCUAGAAAUGCAUAAUGGUAAUAUUCCGGUCACUCGCAAAAACGGCAAUAACUGCGCAUCGUCUCCGAAAGCGUUACCGGUAGCAACAGGCAGCCAAUUGAAGCAAUUUCUGUGUAGCACGCCAACGAAUUCAAAUGACAGCGUCACUAACAAUCAGCAACACCAUUCCCAGCAGUAUCAACAGCGUCGAGGAGCAGCGGGUUCUGCAAUGGACGGAAUCGAUAGCAGCAACACUCGUAAAUGUGUGCCAGCAGCGACAUCCAAUAUUUGUCUUCAGUAA